AUGAGAAAGGCGAUUGAGGAAGGCGAUCUCAAGGCAGAUCCUGAAGCGCUGCAGGUGUUCAGCCCCAUGGUUGGUGUGCCAACACUGUAUGAAUCUGACAUGGAUGUGAUCACUCAAGCGGUGAAGCAAAAUGUGAAGGGUUCUUACAUUCAACCACUCAGUUGCUUGCAAUGGGCACAUCUUGCAUUGAUGGAGAAAUUCCGUGACGCAGUCGGUCAAGACUAUGCUGAGAUCUUCAGUUGGGAUGAUCCAAAUGUCAGACGUCAGACAGGAAGAAGCCUUUGUCAGAAGUUGGAUGAGAUCCUGGCAGGGUUUCACAAGCAAGUUGAUGCUGAAGGUGUGUGCGCUGAUGCUCCUGCAAAGAAAAAACAAAGGAAGGGAAGACGCAAGGUUUCAAGUGGCAGUGCUCAGGCUCCGGUUGACGUUGGCCCUGAGGAAGCUGAGAUCAAGAUUGGCACACAGAAGCAACAGGCCGUCAAAAAUAUUUUGUGGUGGUCAACGCCUGAGUCCUACCGCAUGAUGAGCCGUCACCUUUCCAAUUUUGUCCGCGGAGGGGAGAAGCGAUCAGCAGUGACGCCAGAAGUAUUGGCCUGGAAACAUCUGUGGCCAAUGUCAUCUCCCCCUGAGGGGCAGUCCCCAUCAGAGGCCGAGGAGAUUGCCCGUCGCACAGCUGCAGGGGUGACCAGGCGCCUUCUUCCAGAUCGUGUGACGUCAGUGCCGCUCCAAUUUGGACUUGAGCUCAGCCCUGCAGAUCAUGACGCGCUUGUUGCCAAAGCAAUUUCUAUCUUUGAGGGUGAUGCUGAGAGGAACCCAGGCAGCAUCCCGAAGACGUCCUUGGACAACCUCUGGAACUAUCGCUUUGUGAUCCAGCACUGGAACAAGACUGUGAAGGAGUGCGCGCUUGCUGACUUGGACGACGCAACCUAUCAGAUGGUGUCAGAUGCUAUGUUGUUCGGGGAUGCCCUAGAUGGCCAGUUCUGCAGCGCCCUCAAAUCCUUCCCUUUGGAGUUUGGCCUCACGAUGUUGCCAGAUGUAAAGUCGCUGUCGAUGUCAGAUGUUGUUGAAACUGAAGAGACAGCAAUCGAGCAGGCAGAAAAACAGGAAUGGCAAACUGGAUGGGUUUAG